AAAUGACUCACUGUAUUUAGACCCAAAAAUAACAGAAAACCACCUGACCCAGACCCUUCGGCCUUUACUCUUUCCCGGGCGUCCAAGGACGGACCUGUUCUUCAGUUCCGCCGCACCGAGCUUCGGAGGACUCAUCUCUUCGCACCAUGCGCACGUUAGCAUCCAAGCUCGCCACUUAUUCAAAGUAUUACUGUACAAGAAACCCGUUGCGCAAUGCGCCUUCCCGCAAUUUCUCAACUUACAACGGAAGAGAUGAGCUCUCUCUUGAAGAGGAAGCUGAAAGAAAAAUUGGGUGGUUGUUGAAACUGAUAUUUGCUGGGACUGCAACUUGCGUAGCUUACAACAUAAUGCCUUAUAUGGGUGAUACUUUGUUGCAACAGUCCGUGUCGUUGUUGACAGUCAAGGAUCCGUUGUUUAAGAGAAUGGGGGCUUCUCGAUUAGCUCAGUUUGCGGUUGAUGAUGAAAGGAGGAUGAAAAUAGUGGAGAUGGGUGGUGCUCAAGAGCUGGUAAAUAUGUUGGGCGGUGCUAAAGAUGACCGCACAAGAAAUGAGGCUUUGAAAGCUCUUUCUGCUCUGUCACCUUCAGAUAAAGCUCUUGGAGCUUUACACCAGGCUGGGGCAAUCUCAGUUAUCAGAUCUACCCUGGAUUCCCUGGAGAAUGCUGAAAUUGAGAAAUACAAGUCAAGCUUACUCGGGAGAUUCCAAGAUCUGAGGUACGAUUUUCCAGCCGCAGAUGUUUCAAGGUCUGUAAACUCUUGAUCUCCAAUUAUAGGCUGCAUCACAACCUCUAAAACGCCAUGUUUCGAAUUCAGAAAGUUGGCUUUAACUCAUAUGAAUGAUCACCGGAUGUUUCACCGGUGCACAACCCUGUUUCGAGAUUAGAAAACGUUGCAUACUCAAACAAUAGUGGAUGAAAGUAACUCUGUAAAAUGCCGGGAUUUGGCGGAUUCUUCAAAAGUUGGUAAAUAAUUUACCAGAAUAAUUGUAUCUAUUUUUGGUACAAA